AUGUUAGAAGUGGCAGUGAUUGGUGCCGGUGCUUCGGGACUGGUGGCGUCUCGACAAUUGCUACGACACGGUGUGCGACCGUGCAUCUUUGAAGCCGGGCAACAUGUGGGUGGAUGUUGGAAUCCUUCCAAUACGGCAACAAACAAGGGUGGUUCCUACAAAAUGUGGGACAGUCUGUCGCCCAAUCUCUCCAAGUACACGUGCGUCUUUUCCGAUUCUCCUUGGCCAGACCAUACGCCCACAUUUCCCAGUCGCACCGACUUGCAGGACUAUCUACAAGACUAUUACCACGACACUACCACACUACUGGAACAAGGAGAACAACAAGAAUUCAAAUUUGGAUGUACCGUCACGCAGGUCAAACGAACCACCACAGACGCAUCAUCCUCGGUUGCAUCAUCGUCGUCUGGCUUUACGCAACCCUUUCAAGUGGAAUGGAACGACAGUCAGGGCAUGACUCAAUCCCAAUCCUUUGAUGGGGUCAUUGUGGCCACGGGGUUCUUUGCCGUGCCCUUCUUGCCAGACUGCUUUGAUGAACUACUCGGCAAUGACAACAAUCUGCUCAUGCAUUCGUCACAGUACCGAUCUCCCUCACAGUUUGCCAAUCAAACCGUCGCGGUCGUCGGAGCUUCCUUUAGUGCCCUGGAAAUUGCGGCCGAUGUUCGAAAGCACGCCGCAAAUGUUAUUUCCAUUCUGCCCAAUAUUCCCUAUGUGCUGCCACGAUACGUCGGUCCUGCCUUUAGCCCGUUGGAUACUGUCUUGUAUCGACGCCACGACGCAGCACCCAAACUACUGUCAGCCGAGAGCAAAACACCACAACAAAAGCACGCCUUUUUGAAGGGAUUGGCUGGACGCAAACAGGCACAACAAUCGUCAUUGGGACUUCCGACCGAUACAUCCCAGCCACCUUUUGUGGCGAUUAGUGACGAUUAUUUGGAUCUCGUCGUGGACGGCAGUAUUCACGCCGUCAAAGGACGUGUGACUCAAUCCAGUGUUGACUCGAGCAAUAACAAAAUUGAGUUGCAAGUAGUAGCAGACGAACAGACGACAACACUGUCGGAUAUUGAUCGAGUCAUUGCCUGUACGGGAUACCAGAGCAACCUGGACUUUUUGGAACCUUCCAUUUUGGAAACGUUAGAAUACGAUGUGAACGACAUGUAUGCACCCUUGACGUUGUGCCACGAUGCCUUUCAUCCUCAAAUACCGGGUCUGGGCUUUGUCGGAAUGUAUCGAGGACCGUACUUUGGCAUUAUGGAAUUGCAAGCCAAAACUCUGGCGGGCAUGAUGAGUGGGGAUUAUGUUCCCACGCCAGAGCAUGUGGCAGCCGCAUUGGAAGAAUCCAAAUCCAUUCGACAAUCGACACCGCGGGCGCAGUUUCCGCGACAUGAUUAUGUGGCCUUUAUGGACACUCUGGCGCAACCAUUGGGAUUGUUGCCCCAAGGAACUGCCGGAGCCAAAGGGGCCAUGGUGACACCCCUCGUCUACCAAUCGGCUCCGAAUGAAAUUUCAGAACGUGCACUGAAAAAUAUAGACCAGGAAUGUCGUCACGGUGGCUCGUCAUCCGUCAACAUGGCCAAGGUGGCGCUCAGUGCCUUGAUUGGGAAAUGGGAGUUUGAUCGGACCAUUACGCAAUUUAACAAUCCAUCCAUGGCGCCGCAAAAGGUAACGGGAGUCAUUGACUUUUCCCACAUUGCACCGUCCGUGUCGUCGUCGUCAGACUCCUCGAACAACAAGUGGAACUCAGUGCUCUACAAUGAGAAUGGCAUCUUUCAUGUGGCAGGAAAGGAACUGGAAGUCUUUCGUCAAUACGAGUAUGAAUACAAGGACAAUGGCAUUCUGGAAAUUUAUUUUGUGGAACAAGGGGCACGGGCACAUCUAUUCUUGAGCCUCAAGUUUACUACAACCAGCACCGAGGCCGAGAACGAUGCUGGCCAACGGCGAUGGAUUGCCACAUCCGAUCAUCUUUGCAUCAAGGACCUCUACAAAGGAGAGUUCCAAAUUCAGUUUGACGGUAUUUCGGCCACACAGGUUUCCAUGACCUACCGAGUCAAGGGUCCCAACAAGGACUACGAGUCUGUCACACAUUUGAAGCCUCAUUUCUAA